CUGAGAUAAAGGAAACUGAGGUCGAAGGCGAGGUGCCUGAGAUUUGGACGAUCGAGCAGCAGCAAUCCGAGAUACGCGAGUUGGUUAGAGCAUCCAACCACGUACUAGGCGAGUCCGACAAAGAAGGCCGGGACGAUGCAAAGUGUAAGGAGCCUAUCCUUUUGUUCGAAUUCUCAAAAUAUUUUAAGGACCCAAAGGUCGACGAGUACGUAAAGGAGUCAACGGGUUAUGAAGGACCGCCUAUUUUCGAUGUAUACCCCGAUGAGUACUUUGUCGAGGUUGAAGGAAUUUGGGUCGAGUCCAAAGAAGAUGUUGUGGUCGAGGUGAUGACGCCCCAAUUAAUGGUCGAUGACAAGUCCUUGAGGACAAGGACAUUCUUAAAGGGGGCGGGAAUGAUACGGAAGUGGGUUUUGACCCUCGAUGAUGAGAAAGGCCGAGGGCCGAGGCUAAUGGACAAGGCCAAGCAAAGAGCGCAAACGAGGCUUGCAUGGCCUAGGAGACGUACACGAGCACGUAUACGAGGGUACAGACGUGCACAAUGGCAUAGGAGGUCGAGCAAGAAGCUCAAGAGUUUGAGGCUUGAAGGCUUGAGCGGCGUGGUCGAAUGGCGCAAGGUGUGUGCGAGGAAGCGACGCGCACGAUGCUUGGAGGCUAAGGUCUCGGACGUUUACUUUUCGCGGGAGACGAUCGGUGCACGAGGGGAGGAUGUUGGGUGGACAGCGCGCACGUGGGACGACCGUGAUACGGAAGUGGAGUUAGUGACCGGCAAGUCUAGUGAGGGGCUAAAAGGCAAAAGGUGUGCAUCGGCACUUGAUGCACACAAGUGGGCAAACGAGCCGUGCAUGCGGGGUUUUUGGGGAGUACGCGGGCGCAUGGUUGGCUGGUGCACGGGUGUACGCAGAGGCGCCAUAGGCGAUUUGGGCUCGGGCGGUAGCUGGGAUACGCGCAAGUGGGCAGGCAGGCGCGAGAUUAGCGCGGGAGGAUUGGGCGUGCGCGGCAAUCGC